ACAGCAGCAGCUGUUCCUUUCCAACGGCCGGGUGGCAGCGGCGCGCCGAGGAAGCGGCCAAUAGCCGGGCCGGCCCCGCCCGGCUCCCCGCCCCGCUUUGCUGGAGGGAGGGCGGAGCAGCGGGAGUUGGGGAGGUCGCGCCUGGCGGCUUUUUAGAGGAAAGCCAAAGGCGGCGGGAGGCAGCAGAGUCGCCUGCGGCUGGGCCCUGGUGCGUUUCCUUGCUGUGGUCGCUGCCGCCACCUUCUCCGCCGCCUCGUGAACAGCGUCUACCUCAAGGCAGCUCCCGAAGCCUCCUGCCUACCUGCAGGGCAAGGAAAGAGCUGACAAGCCAGAGAAAUAUAAAACAGGGCAGUCUCUGCGGAAGGUGGGAGAAGUUGGCUGGAAGUGAGCGGCACGCGCAAAGCCCACCCAACUCGCCGCGGAGUCUUUCCCCUCCUUCUUUUUUGUACUUUUCCUUUCUUUUCCGCCACCAACACCAGCAGCCCUCGCUUGCGCGGGGCUUGUAGCUAGAGGAGAGCGGCAUCUUUUUGGAAGAUGCACACGACGCAGAAAGAUACCACGUACACCAAGAUCUUCGUCGGGGGUCUCCCCUACCACACCACGGACUCCAGCCUGCGCAAGUACUUCGAGGUGUUCGGGGAGAUCGAGGAAGCCGUGGUCAUCACCGACAGGCAGACGGGCAAAUCCCGGGGAUACGGAUUUGUAAGUGCGAAGGGUGCGGGGAUGGGUGGAUCGUGUAACGUGUGGAUGUGCGGGCGCGCCUGGAGAGCGGCUAACACAGCUACCUAAACCCAACUGGCAGGAAGGGGGUGGGAAAGGGAGACACUCGGCGAUAUUUUUGGAUCUCGUGUCGUCGUCCUCUCAAAAAAAUUAAAAAGCGUGGAGGAGGAGGGGAAGCGUGAUCGUCAGGCGACUGGGAUGGGUAGAGCAGGUGAGCCAACUGAACUUCCUGGAAGUUAAGUAAAAGUUGUUGUGAGCAACGGAUUGGAAAAGCAGCUGGCUGAUAGGCGCAAUAAAUACUGACAUGACCUGCGAGGUGUCUCCUUUUCCCCUGUCGACGGGAUUGUGUAUUUUGACCACUUCUUUCUUUUCUAGAGGGUAACGAAAGGAAAGGAAACAUUGGGGUGGGGUGGGGGGAAGCUGUGUGCUGUGCCCUUCAGAUGAGAUUUGCAUCAUAACUUGCAUAUGAAAAGUUGCUAGUGAAAUUUUGGCAUCCGAUGGAGCCAGCUGGUUACAGGCUGAUAUGACACGUUCGUAUUUUUAUCUGCUGCAGCACAUGCUACUGUGUCAGUGGGUGUUCGGUGCCUGCAAAAUUCCAAUUCCGUGCUCUGGGAAAUGGCAAACGCUUCAAAUAUAGCCUGAUUUUUGUGCGAGCGUAAUUUGACCAAAAAAUAACCAAACCCCAUAACAAACCUAAAGUUGCUGUAUUGUUAUAGUAGUAGCGGUUUCAUUUGGGUAAGUUCAGAGAGAGCCUCUUGGAAACAGUGUUCCAUUUCACAUUGCACCAGCUUACUGUACUAUAUGAGUCGUGUCAAAUACAUGAGUUCUGAUAUCCUGCACUGUUUAUUGUCAAGGUAACCAUGGCUGACAGAGCGGCUGCUGAAAGGGCCUGCAAAGAUCCUAACCCAAUCAUUGAUGGCAGAAAGGCUAAUGUGAACCUAGCGUACCUAGGAGCAAAACCAAGGAUAAUGCAGCCAGGUAAGAACAGUCUCCCUACCUGGCUUCUUAUCUGGCUUCUUAUCAGCCGAGCAGAGAAUGAAAACUUUUAACCUUAUCCUAUUUCAGUGAACGAAUAGCUUGAGGAUUGGGUCCCGAUUCCUGGAAGGAGCACAAUUCUUACAAUUAAAAUGCCUCUCUCCCCCCCCCCCCCCAAGUCUGCCUCUCAUGCUGGCCAAGACAUGUUAAAGAUGGCUUGUGCCAAAUGUUGUGCUAAUGCAGCCUAAUAACUUGAUAUGAUAUGAUGAUGGAAGAUGCAGUAACACAAAUAUGAAUGCUGAAUUUGUCAGAGUGACAGUACUGCCCUUGGAGCAUAAAACCAUGGGGUCUCCUAUGAGUGUUUGUGGUGGGAGACAUACGAUACUUCCAUGAGGGUUAUAUGCUAGAGCUGUGGAAGUAAUCCACUACUUCCAGAAGCUGCGCUGUAGCGGAGCUUAUUGUCCUGUGAGUGUACACACAAAACAGACAAAUACACUUCACUAUCUAAGAGAAAAAUGGAAAAGGGGGGCUUUGCUUGGUAAAAUAUUUUUCAAUAUCCUUUUGUCUGGAUCUGCAAGCCAUUGUGCACAUCAGUUGUGUUUACAGGGAACCUUACACAUUCCCUCACGAAACAAAUGUUUUGGUAAGAAGUUUCCCAGAAAUAGGGGUAUGAGUUCAGAAACCACAGCCUUGAAGUAUAAUUUGUAUAUGUGCUGAAAAUGUGCAUUGUUGACAUUUUCCUCAUAUUAAAAACUUGCACCUUGGUCCUUUGUAAGCUUACUUGUAGUUAGGGCUCACUGAUGCAUUGUUUCCCAAAUAAAUGUGCAUAGGAUUAUAGCCUUUAUGCACAUAAAUAGUAGAUACAGUACAUAGGACUAGGUACACACUCAAUAUUUUUCUGCAUGUUUUGAGUGGUACAUUACUUAAAUGAAUGUCCUCCUUUGGCAACUUUAAGCAAAUUAAAACAGUGGCACCAUUGUUUAUUGGAGAUGAAUUCUGCUAUUUUAUAUGAAUAUAAAUUUCUGGGUCUGAAACCACCUGUUUCCAAUAGGACAUGCUGGAGGCUUACUUGCACAAUGUGCUCCUGUAAUGUUGGACAUAUAAAUUUAAUAAAUAAUUUUUUAAAAAUAGUGCAAAUGCGCACCUGCUACAUGGUGCAACAGGGUGACGGCAUUGGCAGUUGCCGCCAUCUGUGGUAGACGGAUGCCAACUUUUUUGUCCAGUCUAAGCAGAAGUGACCACUUGGAAUGGCUUCCAAUUAUUUGUGAGGCCAGAUUCCCAUUUUGCAUUUACAGAAACAUACUUUCCCGUCUUGAUAAGAAAAACCAGAGUGUAUUAUGGGCUUCAUGGUCUUGCUGAACUCAGUAUUGGUAUUCAUGGGAUAAAAAGCUACUUGGCUUUGUUUUCUAAGUAAAGGUUGGGGAUAACGUGGGCUGAAUCUGAGCUACAGUUUAACCUUGGAAGCUGUCCUUAGUAGGUACCAGAGCUCAGCCUUCGAAUGAGUGCAUAAUAUUUUUUACAGUCAGCCACCACACAUCUCCAUAUGUGGAAUUAGUGCAACGGGUUCCAGCAUAAUGCUUCUGAUUUUAGAAGUUAAAUGCUGGAGAUUUUUAUUUAGGGCUAUUAAGGGAAUGUGAACAAUUGGCAUAGUAACUACCAGGGUUCCUAAAAUCCAAUGGCUGAGCUUCAACAGAAUUUAACGCUCCCUCUAACCCACCAGUACAUUCUUACAAACCUCUUCCACUGCAAGCAUUAAGGAUUGUUUUAUCCCAUUGUCCCAAACACCUCCAUUUUAACCAUUCUAUUACCGCCAGUGGGUCCUUGAUUGUGUAGAAAUCAUUCUGAACUAAUCUGUUAACAAGGUGCCCAACAUGGUUGUAAUGUUACAGUAACUCCUUAUUUAUCUGAGGUACCAAGCAACUGCUUUUUGUUUUGGAUUACUGUAUCUUGCUUACACAUUGGAAUCCAUAGGAAAUAUCCUAUAACUCUUAACAGGAAUGUAUGUGAGCCUUCGUUGCUUCUCUGCAGUGCCUCAGUUCAGACAUCAUGCUAAACCAUGCAAUUGUCUGGUAAACCAGAGGUGGAAACCUCGAUUUUGAAGUGGGUUUGUGAACCGUAAUUUGUACUAACUAUGAAUUGGCAUAGUCUAUAAAUUGACAUAUCAUAGUUGCUGCUGCCCUCUAGAAUCAGCUUAUAAAAGUGAUUACUGAGAAGAUGGUAAACACAGGCAGCCAAACGAUGUGUUUAAAUACUUGAGUAAACAGUGAUUAAUCAGACCAGCCCAUUUCAGAUAUAACACUAAACCAUCCGUUGGUACUGUGCGAAUAAGAAGAAAUGAGCCUCUGCCUCUGUACUCCCUUCUCAUCUGGUAUGGCCACAAGCAGGAGAUUGAAAUCCUCCAUGUCAUGUUUGAGCAGAAGUGAGACUCAGGUUCUGUAUUCCUUUCUCAGUUUAUUGUUAUGUCCAAACUCAAAAAGGUGGUGGGGCUCUGGUUAGUUUAGACUGUGGUUUGUAUAAUCAAGCCAGGAUCAAACCAGCUUGGUUCAGUGUAUCGUGGUUAGGAGAUCAGGAGUGUACAACUGACUUGCAAGUUCCCCCCUCACUCUUGCCAGAAUGCCUCUCACUUCCAUUGUUUGUCUUAACAGUGUGACGUUAUCUCUGCAUCAGCACUGUCUGGAUUAUCUUGAUUAGUGUUGACCAUAGGCUUAGUGCCAGUGCAGGUAUAUAACCCUGUACCAUGGUUAACUCAAACCAUGAAUGUCAAAUUGAAAUUCGUACAGGAGAGGGGCUUGCAUCCAAGUUUAGAAGAUGGUGAAUGUUACGUCUGCUCCAGGUUACAGCAGUUUGCCAGAAGUAAUAGCUCAUUAAUUCUACAUUAUAACGCUCGAGAGAGAAAUACUUUUGUACUCCAUAAAGCUGAUCUUACCAAGGUAUUCAAACCAUAUGGCAUCAGAUCACAUUUUUUGUCUGAUUUGUUUACCUAAAAUCAGUACUGCACAGUUUAUUAAGACGGUGACCUGAGAGUUACUUCUGAGUAUACAUGAGUAGGCUUAUGCUGUGACAUAUUCCUCUUCACUGAGAAUGAUCGGAGGGUGGUUAUUAGAAUUUUCACGUGAAGUAAAUGCAAUGCUCACCUAGAGAAUGUGAUGUGUUUUGUUGUUAGGUUUUGCCUUUGGUGUUCAGCAGCUCCACCCAGCAUUAAUACAGAGGCCUUUUGGGUAAGUCUGCCUUAAGCUCAUAUUUGGGGGUGGGAACAAUAUAGCGUGUAUGUCUUAACCUGACCGUUGGAAAUAAAAUUAUAUUUUUCGAAUUUCCAGAUUUAAAAUGGCAUCACUUCAUUGAUAAUUCUCUAAAUAAAUACUAUAUCCGAGUCAAGUGGUGUAAGAUGCAUGCCGGCCUUGCACUCAAGCAGCCCCUAUGCUCGUAAGAUCAUGUGGUAAACAAGGUGUGCCUUUUAAUAAGCCACUGUGCCCCAUUCGGUAUUUUUCUUCAGGUUGACUCAAUGUUAUUUAUCUCUUUCUAAUCUGACAGGGAUCGUUUACAGUUAAGAUAACUGAUGAGAAGGAUAUGAUGAUAAGAGGUGGAAUAGUUCUGUUUGGAAUUAAACUCUGUAACCAGUAGACUCAAACACACAAACCAAGCUAAAAUGGUGAUUAACGAUGCAUGUAUGUUUUUUUUCUAUAUAGUCAAUAGAUAUCCGUGUGCUUUUUUAUUUAUUUAUUACAGUAAUGAAGUGGUGUUGAUAGCUAAACUGUGUGCUUUUAUUUAUUGAGAGAGCUGUAGUGAAAGUUUUUUGGUGGUCUUUUCGUUUUGGUUUUGUGGAGAAGUGUUGACUUUGCCAUGGGGAGCGAAGGGACUUUUUUUUUCUCUUGCUUUCAAGCUGUAGCCUGUGACUUCUUUUUUUAUAUUUAUUUUUUAACCGUACUUUGUAGUGAGUGCUAAAUUUGUGUGGUUUCUUUUUUGAUUUCUUUUUUUAAAAAAAAAGAAAAAUCAACAUUGCUUGCAUGUUACAGUUUUGGUUUUGUUCCUUGGGAAGGGUUUGGAGCUCCCUGUAUUAACAGUGUGCAUCCACGUGCACUUUCCCAUUAGAUAAUACAUAUAAAUAUAUAUAUAUUUAGCCUUCUGCAGAUUUACUUAAACAUAUGCUAUUCCUAAAGUUGCUGUGCAUUUUUAUUCUACAAUUAAGCAUCAAAGUUGGAGGUGACAUCUGCUUGCUUGAAUGUCUUGUACGCUGUCUCCUCUUUGAUUCUUGUUGAGUAAGGCCCGUGACAAAAAGUUAGUUGAAUACUUAACAAGGAAAGGAGGGGGGAUAAACUUUAAGCACGCAUGCUUAUUGGAGAAUAGUUUUGAAACACUAUAUAUAUCUUGAAAUUAGACAUUAGCAACCACGUUGCUGACUGUCUAAACCAAGUCCAAAGUAUAUAUUACAUUUAUUUAUUUUUAUUUAAUGAAAUUUAUACUCCACUUUAUUGUAAUAAAAACCUCCAAAGUGGUUUGCAAAAAGGUAAAAUCAGGAAAAAGUUCCAAUACAUUAAAACAUAUAAGAUGCUAAAAUGCUAAAACAGAUUAAAAUUCACACCAGCAUUUCUAAGCAUCUGGGUAGGCUUGUCUAAACAAGAAUGUAUUAGGCAGGCGAUGAAAAGAAUACAAGGGAAGUUUUCCUGCUUGAUAUCAACAGGCAGGAAGUUCCGAAGAGUAGGUACUGCCACACUAAAUGAUUGAGUUCUUACAAAUGUGGAGCAAGUAUUUUGUGGCACCUGUAGUGGCAUAUAACAUUCUCCUGGCUUUUUAUUAAACCAAGAACAGAGCCCAAGAGCCUGCAAGUUUAUGGAGCAGAACUGGGCAGGGUUUUAACCCUUUCCUCUCUCACUGCAGUCUCAAUUAAAAUGUCCCUCCUCUAGAAGAUGCCUUCAUUGGCAUCAAUGGAAGCUUCCCCACAAACGGUGGGGUUGUUUAAUCAAGAACACAGCAUGGGAGGAAAGGGUAACACACACACACACACACCCCUCCUGCAUGCUCUUAUCCUGAUCACCCCCAGCUGCUAUUUACAUAUUUAAAAACUGGAAAUGUUAAACACCCAGUUUGUUCUUUAGCUGGUCUAUUAAGAUGGUUGGGCUAGCAGACACCAGCUAAAGAGACUAACGUCACAGAUCCUAUAUAUGCAUACUCAGAAAGGAAUCCUACUGAGUUUAAUGGGACUGACUUACCCAUAGGUAAGUGUGUGUAGCAGGAGUGGGGAAUGGAACCUAGCUAGUGAAUCAAAUAUUUAGAUUCCCCCACCUGCAAAAUUGAAAUAUUCUCAUGGAUCAGUGGUUAUGGCAAGUCCUUCUGAAGUCUAUUUCCAGGUGCCAUUUUAAUCCUAAUGGUGAACUCCUUAGUACAGCUGAUGCCGGUAGGUCUUACUAUGACCACCAGUCAGCUGUCAGCAAGAUCCGCUUGCAAUGGAAUAACUGGGAACUUUUCAAACAAGCUGGCAAUUGUUCCUUUGUAGGCACCCCCAUCCUUACAUGUCCUGUGAUGCUGCAUGUGACUGCACAUGCAGUAUGGUUUGGGGUAAAAACUUUGAGGGACCUGUGCUGGACCUAGGUAGGCUCAUAGGGCUUAGGUUUUCCACCCCUGAUUGCAACCUAAUUAAAGCCCAAUCCACAAACAAGAUAUGAGAGGAAGACUAAGUUGGAUAUUUCAUCAACUGAUAUAAGGCUUGUUUAGCCAGCACAUGAUUUUUUUUCAUAUAAUUGUGUCCCAUCCAUUUCUUAAGAGGGUGGAGCAAUUCCAUGUAAACAGCAUUUUGUUUUUAUCGAGUCACUUGAUGCCUUGGUAGUGUGUGUAUUGGAGGGAAGACUUCUUCUGAAUAUUAGAGCUCCCCUGGAGUAUCUGGAAUGAACAAGGACAUUCACCAGCACAAAAAACUUAGCAAUCAGAUCACAAUCGCAGUCAAAGUGACCAGUAUAUAAACUUAAACACAUGUAACUGGAACGCGUAAUUGGAAUAUGCCCUAAUACUCAAUUUCUGAGACUGGCUACUUAGAAGUAUCUGGAUAGUUGCGAUCCUGCUGAUAUUAUGUCCCAUCAAGGUCUGUGAGUAUGCAUGGAUAGCAUUGUGCUGUACGUAAAAGAAUUUUAAAGUAGCUUGUAGGGCUAUAUUGUAACUGAACGAAUAAAAGUCUUAUUUGACAGGUUGUGCAUAUGGUUGAGUUACACUUUAAAAUAGAUUGAAUAUGCAACACUGUAUUUGAACCCAGGGGUUGCCAACCUUUUUGGGCUCACGGGCACCUUUGCAAACUGGAGAAACUGCCAUGGGCACCAGACAUACACAUUAGCGAAGCACACAUUGCUAGCCAUUAUAUUGUCCGUAAUAGAAUGCUUCUUUCAAAACUAACUUCAGUGAGAAAGGGGACCUCGUGGACACCAACAAAGGUCUCUCUCAGCACAUGUAUGCCUGUGGGCACCACACUGAAACCCCUUGAUUUAAACUUUUUAAUUCAUUUUAAAAAAGUGUGCUGUGUGUUUUAUCACUUUUUCUGUGGUGUGCAAAUCUGCAGGAUUGUUUUUAAAAAGACUAAACUGUUCAUCAAAAGUCGCCAUUAAGUAACUUCCUUCCAAUGGUCACAUGGAUUUUCAUUUGAAAACAGUGCAAAUAUAUGAGGUGGUAGACGUGAUGAAUAGUGAGUAAAUCAGAUCCUAAGUGGACAUUUUGAAAUGAUUUUUACUGUUUCACUAGGUAAGGUUUUAGUAGGUAAAGGACCCCUGGAUGGUUAAGUCCCGUUAAAGGUGACUAUGGGGUGCAGCGCUCAUCUCUGCUUUCAGGCCAAGGAAGCCAGCGUUUGUCCACAAACAGCUUUCUGGGUCAUGUGGCCAGCAUGACUAAACUGCUUCUGGCACAACGGAACACACUGACGAGUGCCAGAGCGCAUGGAAGCACCGUUUCCCUUCCCGCCGGAGUAGUACCUAUUUAAGUACUUGCAGUGGUGUGCUUUCGAACAGCUAGGUUGGCAGAAGCUGGGACCGAGCAAGGGGAGCUCACCCUAUUGCGCAGACUUGAACUGCUGACCUUCUGAUCAGAAAGCCAAAGAGGCUCAGUGGUUUUAGACCACAGCGCCAUCCGCUCCCUUCCACUGUUUUAGUAUGGAUGUAUAGUAUAGUAGUAUAGUAAUAUUUCCCCCCCCCCCUUUGGUAUUUUACUUUUGGAGGGGGGAAAACACUUCAGACUUCCUUUGUUUUUGAAUAGCAUUUUUUGCCUAUUGUUGCGUUAAUAGGUAAAUGUCUUAACAUUUUAUGUAAAGGUCAUAGUGGCUGUCCCUACUAAUUUGUAAUAAAAGUUUUCUUUCCUGAUAUUCUGCCAUUUCCAGAAUACAGGCUAUUGGUACUGAUAGAAAAGUGAGUGCCUGCUGUAUUUUGUCCUCAGCUACUGUUAGUCGGAUGCAGUGUAAUUUAAAAGGGUUUAAGCAUAGUGAGAGAACCUGGUUAUGCUUCCAUAACAUUGCUUCCCUAUAAAGCCAGAAGUUAGUGCCUUCUGGACUGUCAGUUUCUUCUCCUCCAACUGGUUGUGUUUAGUUCAAAAACAUUUGCUUAAUUAAUUUCUUGGAAAUCUUAGUAUAACUAGAGUGUUGGAUUUGUUCACGUAAAUUUUGAUACUUGAAACUCAUUUUUAAUAUAAAGCAUGAUGAUCUGGUGAUGGCCAGUUUUGAAGUUUUUACUGCCCGUAUUUCAUAUGAUCCAUUGUUAUUGCCACCAUAAUUAGCUGGUGCUAUUUAUAUAUAUGCAGCCUCUUCUGGGAUUUUUUUUUUUUACAGUACAUUAGUUUUAGACAGUGACCCACGCCCCUGGGAAACAGAACACAAAUGGUUUUAUUGGGACCCCAAUCUAAAUUCAAAUGUUUCUCUGGGUAGUAAAAUGUCCCAUAGCAUAUUGUCCCAUGUGUAUUGUGUCAGAAAAAGAGCACUUAGGUUUGAUUCCAUGGACCAAUUUUUGUUUGAAAAAGCCACAGGACAUUUUGUGUGUGUGUCGCAAAACAAGAACAUAGUCCCAGACAAAAAAUAGGGUUAAAAAAAAUCAAAUAUCUUGGAAUAUUUUCUUUGUCCUAGGCUCUUUUUGGUUUUCAAAAAUAAACCUCUGUCUAGGCAUUGCUGCAUCACUGGUUCAUUUCUUGUUAGAAAAUGUUUAUGCACACGUUACAUUGUCUGCGACAAAUAAGCACUCUGUGUGUAAAAUUCUGUUGGUUUUCUUGAGACUUAUUUUUAUCCCAGGCAAAAAUAAAGAACAAUAAUGCUAAAUUAAGAGAUGCCUAACCUGUUGCUCUCCAAGCAUUGUUCACUACAACUCCCUGAGUAUUGGCCAUGCUAGUUGUGGCUGAUGGCACUUGGGGGUCCAACAACACCUGAGGUUCCCAAGUUAGGCAACCCUACUCUAAAUGGAAAGUGGCUGAAAUUUGGGGACAUUAUUUGUUACCUGCACAGUUGUAAUGUCCUACAUUGUAGGCAGUGCUUUUUUCCCUAGAAAAAUAGGUGCCGGUACUCACCAUGAAGUUGUUACCGUAAGUGCCACACUUUUUAUCAACGAAAAGAGGCUCCAUUAUUGCAUACCGUUGAGUACUCCCUGAAAAAAGCACUGAUUGUACGAAUACCUGAAAUGAAAAAUGUACCAGGAGUGCAAUUUUACCCCGAAAGGUUUGGGUUAUGGGUAAGAGAAAAGAGCGGCCCUGUGGCUCAUUGUAUCCACUGCAAACCUCAUUGUGUGCCUGCUAAAAACAUUCCUUUCGGUUUAUUUGGUCUACAGACCAUAAAAAAUAGUUACAACUAUGGUGUCAAGCCAACCACAGCAGAGAAAAAAAAAUAUACAUGCACACAAAUUGUACCGUGAUACCUCGGUUUUCAAACGUAAUCUGUUCCGGAAGACCGUUCAAGUUCCAAAAUGUUCAAAAACAGAAAACUCAGUACGGAAUCCUCAAAAUGGAAAACUCAAUACGAAGCAGUGUUUCAUGUUCAACUUCCAAAGCAAGUUAGAAAACCAGAGUGUUUACUUCCAGGUUUAUGGCGUUUGAAAACCAAAAUGUUCGUCUACAGAGACAUUCAAAAACUGAGGUACCACUGUAUAAACGGUUUUUAAAAAGCAAUUUUGACUCUGGAUACAGUGAGGAACUUGGCUAUAUUAUCUAAAACACUGGAGUUGGAGUCUGCCAUUAAAAUUGAAACAUAAAAGUAAACUUCAUUCUCGAAGUAUAGAGGAAAAUAUUGGUGAGACUUGUAUCCAUCCCGUUGCUUGUAACCAUCCUAUCAGCACAAGGAUUUCCACUUGUGCAGCAGAACGCCCCCACUCCAUGGGUCCUUAUAAAAAUUGCAGUGUAGAUAGGAGAAUAUGGGUAACUUUUUGACUGAAAUGCUUUUGCAAGGGCAAACUUUCAAAUGCCAAAGUAACCUAGUAAAUCAAUCUUCCAUAAUAUCUGAUAGCAAAGCAUUGAACGCACCCAUUGAAAAUGAUUUCCUGUAUCUUGGAAUAUUUAAUGUUGCGAAAUAACUGGCCUUAGACUUAAAAGAUACAGUGGUAAGCAAAUCCCAUUUGCCAGAGCUAAUAUAUUUUGCAAGUUAAGAUCUGGAAGACUCUGUUUAAUGCUGCUGGUUGCUUUUUCUAACUUUCUGAAUACUUGUGCUAUCUUCAAUUUAAAAGAAGAUGGAAAGGACACUGGGCCAGCCAAUUUAUGUUUUAUUAUUUCCUGGAAUGUCUGUAAGGGUAACAUAACAAUUCGUGCUUCUGUGUUACAUGCAGCUGCUGGGGAAAGGGCCUGUUUUUCUUAUCUAUGUUUUACCUGGUGUGCAGUCCUAUGCAGGUCUACUCAGAAGUAAGCCCUGUUUAGUUCAGUGUAAUUUACUCCCAGGUAAAAGUGUGUAGGAGUGCAACUUAUAAAAACAUACAUGUAUGUAUGUUUUUAUCAGUAAUGAAAUGCUUUUGAAUUCAAGGCUUGAUAUCAGUGGUGAAAUGAUUGUGCUUUUAUGAAUGACUAUCAGUGACUUACCAGAAAACUCUCAUUCUUUUGUUUUUAUUUACAUUUGUCUAAGGCUUUAUGUGCUUCUAUUGAAAAUGCUUCCAUUGUGAUCAAUAGGGACAAAAUAGGGCUUAAUAUAAGCUAACUUUUUUUAAAAAAAGUGGAUGUGAGUUUCCACAAAGCUCCCUUUACCAGUUUUAAGCAAUUAUGCUGAGUGCAGUUGGGGGCUUGGAAUGAAUAACAUGUGAUCAAAUAUAGUAUUGUGAGUAAAACAUCUGAUUUAAUGGGCAUCUAUGAAUUGUUGAAUGAAACAAUUCAAAAAUAUUAUGCAAGUUAUACAAUAUCUUUCGCAGUAAUUAAAGUUUGUUGUUAGAGGGUUAGAUUCAAAGGACUAUUUUGAAGGUUUUUUAAGGGAACACCUGUGAUAUAAUAAGGCUAUUCCUGCUUCAGCCCUGAAUGAAACUUGUUGUUGUUUAGUCAUUUAGUCAUGUCCGACUCUUCAUGACCCCAUGGACCAGAGCACGCCAGGCACUCCUGUCAUGUUGGUAGCUUCGAGAACGCUGCCCAACCAUCUCGUCCUCUGUCGUCCCCUUCUCCUUGUACCCUCAGACUUUCCCAACAUCAGGGUCUUUUCCAGGGAGUCUUCUCUUCUCAUGAUGUGAGAAUUUGUCCUUCCAGUCAGCACUCAGGGCUGAUUUUCUUCAGAAUGGAUAGGUUUGAUCUUCUUGCAGUCCAUGGGACUCUCAAGAGUCUCCUCCAGCACCAUAAUUCAAAAGCAUCAAAUCUUUGGGGAUCAGCCUUCUUGAUGAAACAUGUUAGCUACCUCAUUAAUAAUCUGGGUACAAAACAAAAACGUAGGCUAUUAAAUUUUGAUACAAACUGUUUUGUGGCAGAUGUAUUUAUGUUUUGUAAAUUAUAUUUCCAUUUUCAGUGUCUAGUAUGCUCUGUACAGACUUGUCCACAAUAUUAUAUGAUACAAGUUAUUAGGUUAAUAUUUACCACAAAAUUAUUGCUUCGAUUGCUUCGAUUCAGCAGCAGUUACUUCUGAGUAAAUCUGCAUGGAAUCAGACAACUCAUAGGGAAUCCAAAGCACGCUUGCUUAAAAGCAAACCACUGAAAUAAGUUUCUGGGUUUGUGGCACGAUCCUAUGCAUAUUUCCUCAAAAUCUAGUCUUGCUGUAUUCAGCAAGGCUUACUCCUCCUAAGCAAUCAUAUUACAGUCAUAGGAAGAGGUUUGUGGUAUUAAUGCUUAUUUCUGGUACACCAAAUGCUUAUUUCUAGUACAUCAGAGUAAAACUAUCUCCUUUCAAUGAAGAAAUCUAGAACAGUUUCAGUUGUUCCUACCAAUAUAUACCAAACAAUAAGUUCAAAAUAACACUCCUAAAGCCACUGAAUAAAGAUGCCUCUGCAGCAUAAUGGGAAACUGCUCUUUAACCUUUUGACCUUGCUGAGCAUAAAAGGAGCUAGCAUUUCAGUAUCAUGACAAUCUCUGCAUGCUGGCCUUUCCAACAGAUGGAAGUUUACUUUGGCCUUAUAAAGUCAUUUUGCUCAGCUGGAAGCCCUUGUCGCAUGACAGAUGAUCAAAAAUAGACCCACUGCAGCUUGUCCUGUCAAUCACCACGUGCAAAAUGGCAUAAUAGUGGGGCGCCUGCAAGGAGUUCAUGCAUAUUGUAAAUCAAGAGGUUCUAAAGGGAUAGUGUUUCAUAAUUCUCCACCUGUUAGUUGCUUGGCUUUAAAAGAAACAAAUCACAAGAGCUUAAGUAGGAGUACAUUCAUUUAUGCGUCUCCCUUCUUUAACAAGGAUACAGGAGCCAUGAUGACUGUGCUUCUGUUGACAUGUAGAGAAAGAUAGAGGGUGGUUUGUUAGUUUGUUUUAGUUUUGUUCUCUUUUCAACCAAUAUUAUAAACUGAACUUCACAUGAUUGCUAAAGACUAUCUUCUCUGUUAGAUUUGACAGAAGCAAAUCUCAGGAAUCUGUGUUUAAGCAAACAGUAUAAGCAAAUCAUCUUUUUGUGUAGGUUAAAAACAUUACAACAAGAAUACAAAGUUAUUAUUUAGAUAGGCCUUAGAUACACAGAAGGUUCAGGCAAGUGGAUUCAACAUAAAAACUGGUGAAUUGCUAUCACCAUUAAAAAAUAAAUAAAUCUGUAAAGGUCAUUGAUUAAGAUUCAGUUUUGUUGCUCUGUUCUCAUCUGUUUCUCCAUGUAUCGCUAACACUUUGCAGUUCUCCCAUCACGGACAGUGGGAGAUUGAUGAUGUAAAUAUAUUUUUUUCUUAGUUAAACUUUUAACAUUUCAAUGCUUGAGCUGCAGGCAUUGAAGGGGGAGUGAUUAGUUGCUAAACAGGCAAAUUUUCGCUUUUAAAAUAGUGGGGGGGAAAUACUUUUCGAAGUUGGCAGCAUUCUUCAGCUGAAAUAUUUUCUUUCUUGGCAACUUUAAAUGAAAGUAAUUUUUAUUUAAAUAUAUUCUCAUUAAUCUUAACUAUAUUUAUAUAGGGUGACCAGGUGGAGCUGACUUGUGCAACAGCUGGAAAGGAAAUCUUUUGACAUUGCAUGAGACAUUGAAAGCUUUUAUUCUGCAUCUGGAGCUCUGUGUGUGCGUGUGUGUCUGCUGGAUCUCCUUAGAGUUGCACUUCAUGUGGAUAGAAGCGUUCCCCUGCCCCCAUACAGUUUCAGUUGCAGGUCAAAGCUUUGAAGAUGGUACUAUUAAUGUAAAAAUAAUACAUUUUGGGUUUCCUGUGAUAUGAAGGAUCCCUGUGUCUAUUUUUUUAUAACAGGUGGAGAACUGAGAGCUGGGUUGCUAGUGGCUAAGGAAUGUGAAUUGAAGAGUCCAUCUUUCAAAUCUCAGCGAUAUAUUUCCUUUGGAGUCUUAGGGAAAUAAUUACUUCAGUUUCAGCCAUACGUCCACAAUAACAUUGAUCUGCCUUGCAGAGUGGUCUUGUAAGCAUUACUGAGAUGAUACAUGAAGCAUGUUGCGUACUCAGUAUGCUAUGUAAAUGCUGUAUUUUUGAGUGUGGCAGCAUUGCUAAAAAUAUCAACAUUAUAGAAUUAUGGAAGAGACUCCGAGGGUCAUCCAGUCAUCCAGUCCAACCCCCUGACUGUACUACUGAGCACGCGUGCACACAAGAAGUAACACUUCACAAUAUGGAAGAUAAUAAAUAAUGUAUUUUAAAACGGUGAGGUUGUUCCUCACAAUAUUUUUUUUCUGCUUUUGUUAAACACUAGAUCUUCCUGAAUAUAAUCCUGCCCCUACCCAUUCCAAAGCAUUGUCUUGUAUAGAAAUAAACAAGCUGGCACAAAGCAGGACACCAGUGGCCAGAUUUGUCACAACAGGUUUGACUCUCAUGGCCUUAACCUCUCCAGAAGUGUGGUGCACAUUUGCCUAGGGACCACUGUUGUGUAUUUUAAUGGCAUCUAUGUAGCUUCCCCUCAAUGGCCUCUUGUGACAGAGUGAAUUGCACUAUAGUUCCGUUUGAAAAGUGUGAUUCUUGCUGUGUUUACCACACUUGUGAACUUCUAUUUAAGCUCCUUUGUCGCCUGUGUUGUUGGUUUUUUUGUUUUGUUUUUUGUUUUAAUAAGGGUGACUGAGGUUGCAGAGAAAUUAAUGUGUGCUGAGUCUGCAUAGCAAUUCAAGUAGGGUUGCCACGAUACAAAACGAUUAUUUCCUCAGAUCCGUGUAAAUGACUACAGGAAACGUGCAAUGUAAAACUAAACAUGUAACGUAACUACAAAAAACCCCACACCUGAUAAUACAGUUCAUGGAGCUAAGAAUUUUAUAAGUGCUCACUAGCUUUGCUUAGCAAGUAUUGGGGGGUGGGGGGAACCUGUCACUUCCCGUUGAAUUUAAAACCUUGUGUUCUCCAGUCUCAUAGAUAGAAAUCUCAUUUAUUCCUUCUUUUAAUAGAUGUUCUACACAUCUCAAGGUCCCUCUAAGUAUUUAAAAUUAUUAGUAACAUGUUUCAUAGUACUUACUAUCAGCUGCUGUUAAAUCGGCACUAACACUGUGACACUGUGGUGGUGAUUAUGUUCUGAUUUUAGUAAGACCUUUCCCUUUCGGCUCUUGCUUAGACGAUCAAUUUGUCCAUCGAAAUUGGUUAUUGUGGCAACCCUAUGCGUAUAACAACAACUAAAUUUGAGUUUGUUUUUAAGUUCUGAAACUGGAAGUAAGGCUUACUUGUGAGAUCUAACUUUCGUCUUCUGUCUUUCAACAGGAUCCCUGCUCAUUAUGUAUAUCCACAAGCUUUUGUGCAGCCAGGAGUAGUCAUUCCACAUGUCCAGCCUACAGCAGCUGCUGCCUCCACCACACCUUACCUUGACUACACUGGAGCCGCAUAUGCUCAAUAUUCAGCUGCAGCAGCAGCUGCUGCCGCUGCAGCCUAUGACCAGUAUCCCUACGCAGCAUCCCCAGCUGCUACAGGAUAUGUCACAGCCGGGGGUUAUGGCUAUGCAGUCCAGCAACCAAUCACUGCAGCGGCACCUGGGACAGCUGCAGCAGCUGCUGCUGCUUUCGGCCAAUACCAGCCACAACAGCUGCAAACAGACCGUAUGCAAUAGCGGAUGGACUUGUGAAGAAAGUUCUGUUUCUUACUCUUCCUAUCUUUUUACCUUCAAGCCUUCCAGUAGAAAUAGUUACAAAAGAGGCAAUUAACCUUAACCAAUCCAGCUUUAAGGAAAGCUACAAUGCAAUAGUGUAUUACUACAAAAACAGAUUCUGCUGUCUUUGUAGAGCAUGCAUCCAUAUCAUGGGUGGUAUUGUGGGGUGGGUAUCGUAAUAUCAGUCCAAGGAUCAUCCCUAUCAUGAAAGGAUGGCAGAAGUAACAAAAAGAAGCUUAUAUUUAAAACAAAACAAAAAACCAGUAAAAGAUGCAUUUUACAUUAUCAGGGAAAAAAGUCCAGGUGAGCAAUAUGUAGCCUGUAUCAAGUUGAAGACGACUAUUAUUUAAAUGUUGAAAGCACUGACUGUCAUUACUACUUUUCAUUAUGGCCUACAGAACUUUGUUUGAAUGAGUAAGAAAAAUGCUUUCUGGCUAUCUCUUAAUGGGCAUCGAACAAACUAAGGAACGUGGCCUUUGGGGGGAGUGGGGGGGGAAAAGGUGGACAGGCACCAAAGUUAUUUUCUCAUCUGUCCUCUGUGUGAAUGGGACUAUGGAGCAAGUGAUGUGGAAUUAAUGGGCGCAACAGCUGUACAGACAAUCAAUAACACAGACCGAUCUGGAAAGAACACAUCACUUGUGCUCGUUUGAUGAGCUUGUCACAUUCUAAUCCCUCUCUCCAUCCUGUUUCACUUUUAGGAAACUUUGACUGCUGGUGUCAGCUAUUCUGAUUCUGAAAUAGGAUCAGCUCUUUACUACAACAGCCUUCUCCUUUUAUUUAUUGUAUCUAUUCAUGGCUUGCGAAUAAAGGCAGGAAGAAAUUUGCUGAAUUUAAACCUUUAAGAACUGUGUUAAGGGAAUUUUUAUUUUAUUUUUUGGAAAUGAUUUAUAUACAAUUUAAUACCUAUUUAAAAUAUUUAUUGGGGAAAAAGCAUAGGUCUCUCAUGAGACUGCUUGUUGAGAUUGCAGUUCUUCAAGGGUUAAUGCUAGGUAGGUUAUAUUGUGCCUUAAUUGUAAUGCUAUUUAAAGAUAUAUUUAUUUUGAAAGUUGUACUAUGCUGCACUCUAAAGAAAACAACUUUAGAUGUGAAACUGUAAAAUUAUGUAUUCAUCUCAUGGUAUAAGUUAUUUAGUAGGUUUAGCUAUAGUAUACGAAAUAUUAACCUAAUCAACUAAAAUGCUGACAUGGGUUUAUUUAAAUUCUGUUAGUACUCUUUUUAUAAGGGUACUUUCAAUACUUUUUUUUAAGGUUUUGAUUUAAAAAAUGCUAGUUUCAUGCUUUUCCCGCGAUCACCUUAACCAUAAACCGUUUUUCUUGGAAGAAAGCUCUUGAUUUCAGUGGAACUUUCCCCCAAGAAAUCAAGGCUUGGCAAAGGAUUGGGUUAUAAAGCUAUAAUAUUCUACACACUUGCUCAGGAGUAAGGCCCAAAUAAUGCAUUACUGUUGUGCUGAUAGGAACUGUUUCUGUGGUCUUGCCACACACCUCACCAAUAAUGCCUGCAAAUGGGAACCAUGUAGAUCAGGUGAGUGAUGUGGGAAUUGACCAUGUGACUGUUACAAUGUGAUGGGUUCCUAAUUAUAGAAAGUGUUGAUAACACACAGGACUGGGCAACACAGAAACAAUUCCCGCAUCACAGGGGUAAUAUGUAAAUGGGACUAAGUCCCUUUCCUCUGAACUUAAUGAGACUUAGUUCGAACUAGAUAAAUGGGAUACUGAAUCUGAAGCUCCAUUUUUAGAUUUGCUAUGUGGAAAUAAACUCCCAUGAAAUUAUCCACAUAGUGUGUUAUGGGUAGGUUGUCAGAAUUUCCUCCUAUCAAAAAAGGGGUAGGUUUUUCCCCACUUUUCAUCUCUUUGUAGAACAACUUUUAUUCCUUUGCUAGGAAACGCUGCUUUACAUUGUCCUGUGAAACUGCAAUAACUUGCAAUUUUUAUUCUUGACCUAAAAAAGGAAUUUAAUAUUUUACACUGUAUUGGAAAUCUUUUUAUACUUGAACAAUUUCGUACAAGGGAAGACAGGAUAGCAUUUUUAUGGACUUUAUCCAAUGUCACUGGAUUUAUUUUAAGUAUUUUGAGUACUAGCCAGUGUUAUAUAAGGUAGAUAACAUGACUCUCAUGUGCAUGUUAUUUAUUAUGUAUAUUGCUUUAUAAUGUUUCAAAUCUUCUAAUCUAUACACUUGUAUUAAAAAAAAUAAAAAUAUUGUUGAAUCCAACCUAUUUAGUCUUGCC